AAAAAAAAAAAAAAAAAAAGAAACGCGAGAGUGAGAGAGACCAGCAAGAAAUUGUACGUACACAUGGCAACCGCAGUGGCAAAAGUUGGAAAAUCUGUUCACCGCAUUUUUGUGGGCAAUUUACCCUGGACGGUGGGCCACCAGGAGUUGCGCGGCUAUUUUAAGGAGUUUGGACGUGUUCUAAAUGCCAACGUGAUUUUUGAUAAGAAAACCGGAUGCUCCAAGGGCUACGGAUUUGUGAGCUUCAACAGUUUACAGGCGCUCGAGAAAAUCGAAAACGAACAAAAACACAUAUUGGAGGGCAAUUAUUUGAACAUACAAAAGUCAUAAAUGCAAUAUAAAUUUUAAAUC